GCCGUCAUGGGACAGGCAGCACGCAGUCGAGUCGGAAGAUGGUUGCGAGCGGCGCGCUACAUCAAACCCGAGGCACUCAAGACGCCCAAGAUGCGACAGUUCGCGGACGGCUACAUCUUCGACAACAACUACUUCGUGGGCAAUGGCGAAAUCAAACUCGGCAGUACCUACGCGGUCAAGACCCUGGAGUUGCUGACAAGAUCGCCGGAAAUCGCGGUGGCGAUGUUCCAGGAGAAACUUUGCCAGCCCAUGAAAGUAGUCGAGAACUGGGAGAAGAACAUGGACAAGGUGUUCGGCAAGUUGUUCCUGGAUCUGCCGGCCACCGCUCGCUGUUUGGAUCACUUGCAGUCGCUUGAGGGGUUGGCGUGUGUCCGCAUGUGCAUCAGCAAGACCCUCAGCGUGAAACUUGUGGACGGGGUCUUUCACACAAGGAAUAUCGCCUUGCACACGGCCGAGAGCCCAUGCACCGACUGUCGUGACAUUGCCGACGAGUGCAACAAGCUGAAGCACGGCGACAAGACCGACAAGAAGACCGAUGAGAAGAAGACCGCGAGCCAGGCUGAGGCAGUCGACGCAUCGGAUGGAGUCGGAGGUGUUGCAUCGCUGAACACGGUGCUCACCGUCGGCGAGAAUGAGUCGGAGUUGCCUCGAGAGGUGCAGGCCGGUUGUGCCGAUUAUUCGAUAAUUCAUAAGUGUGACUUCAAUGACCAAGCAGCCGUUCAGGACGCGGUCCGCAAGAAGUGGGACAAGAUUCUCAUCAGCACAGACGAGGAUGAGUUCAGGGUGACGGGCAAGAGUCGUAUCUUCCCUUCGUGGAAGGUCAUCCUGAUGAUCAAUGCCCCCACAUCUCGGCCUCCAGUCGUUUUGAAAUACAUAAGCGACGCUGAGAAGUUGGCGAAAGCCUGCCAGCUUGAGCGCUACACCAUUGCCGUGCCAGUCGGGAAGCGCUACAAGCUUUUGAGCGAAGUCAUGACGAAGUUCGGAGAGAUGGAGGGCACCCCGUUCAGCGU